UCAGGUACUUUUCAUUGCAAAAUGCUAUGCAACUGCUGAAGGGAGUUCGGGAAAGGCUGUUGAAGAGCCCUCCCCAGCUGACUGAUGAAAAUCCCAUAUCUGGUGCAUCACAGGAAGAUGAGAACCCCCUGCGAGGAAAAUACCAGAGGCUUCAAGGACAGCCCUGAUCUGCAGGGACGUGCAGACCCGCUGGUUCAGGACAUUGGCAGUUGUGCACAGCGAGGGCAGGAGGAGGCCGGGGAGGCAGGCAGGCCAGAGCUUCCUGAUGGAGGAGUGCGGCGGCGGGCCACCGGUGAGGGCCAGAGCCAACACCACACCUUAAGCCAGAUGCUCCUGAAGGUGAUGCAUCUGUUAGAGCUCAUUAGACAUCUUCUGGAAGUUGGGGGCUCAAGGAGGGAGAUGGAGACUGGCUCCUCCACUGACCAUGUGCCCUCAGAUGGGAGCCCCACAAACAAAGGAAAGCCCUCCAGGGCACUGAAGAAGGAACAUCAGAGGAAUGAAGAGCUCCCAAGAAAAACAACAAUCCAGCAAGCCGAGCAAGGAUCUUUUCACCUUCGAAACACCCUCCUGGAACAUGAGAUUCAGAAGUUGCGCCUGAAGCUCGAGGCAGAGCCUAAGCUGUGCGAGGAGCACAUUGAACACCUGGAGAGGAAGAUGAUGGAGGAGAAGGCACGCUGCCUACAAGUGAAGAACGAACUUGCCAAGGCGCGCAGGAAGGCGGAUGCUGCCCACUGGAACUUAUGCCUCUACAGGCAGAUGGCCAACGACCUGUCUGGAGAGUGGCUAAACAUUUCCUCCUUGCGUGACCGGGAGCACCUCCUGUUUGAAAAAAGAAUUGAGGAGAGCCAGAAGGCUGUUCUGUGGGCAGAGAGAGAGUUCCAACGCCUGAAAGAAGAAAAAUAUUGCCUCAGGCAGAAGCUGGCCAACUCUGGACCCAAGGUCCAGCCUAUCUCCAGGGGGCCUCCUGCUCCUGCUGUUCCAUGCACAGCCUCCAAAUACCCUCAAGGGCCAAAGGCUCCCCUGAAACCCAAGAAGCCCAAGAAGGGAGCAAGUGUGCACUGGCCAGACUCUAAGACCUCGGGUCCCCUGCAAGUCUGAUUACAUUUCCCGGCAGCCACCAAAACUUGCAACCAGAGCACAAAAGCUACUGUGCUUACCCCUUAAGCCAUACCCAUUGCUCCUUUUAGUUUAGAUUCCCCCCCCCAUUAUUUAACUGAUGCUAUGUUAACCAUUCCUGUGGGGCUUUACCUGAA